AUGGACUCUGUGUCGCUCAGCUGCAGACACCCAGAUCUUGAGGAUGCUUCAUUCAUUGCAUGGGGUUUGGAGCAAAGCAGCGAAUCCAAUGGAGCAGAUGUGGAAAUCGACGUCCUUUACGGUAGCGGAUGCAAUUUGCUGUGGAAACGUAAAGUCGAUCAUGUGAAGCUUGAAAAUGUGCUCAAGUUACCCGCUCCUUCCUUGCGGAUCUGCUUCAUCAACACGCUUGCGACCAGUAAAAGCUGGCUUCCGGGAAAUUUUGAUUUACCCUCGUCCACCGUCAAAGUUCUUCGUGAGGCUGGCCUAUCUGGUAUUCUUUUGUGCAAUCUAUAUUCCCAAGAGAGCUACUGGGCGAAGAUGGGCAAUCAGAAGUAUUUGCAUCAUAACGACAUGGGAAAGCUCGAUAAAUUUGAAAUAUGCUAUCAAUACCGUUGCGGCUGGGACACGGGUGUGAGUUUUACUCAUGCCAUACGAGAGAAACAAAGAAGCACGUACUUCUGCAUCAACUUUCCGUCCGGUGCUCGCGGCAGGCUCGAAUCUAUCUAUCUUCACGAGAGCAGGCGAGCAGUACUCCAUCGAGAUUUCUUCCUCGACACACUGGUGGCCGAUGACAGCCUGAAGCAAUGGCAGAUCGAGAUUGGUGAGCGAAGAUCGAUGCUUCUUGGUAUUGAGGGGAUACUGGAGAAGCCAUCGAUCAAAGAGGUCAGAAAUGACGCUCCCCAAGACAAGUUGAGACCCAAUGGCAACGUCGACACACCUGCGCUCUCAAUUCCUGAGAACCACUAUAACGACGAGGAAAGGGACAUUGGAAUGCAGCCUGGAGUAAGCGUGACUAGUCCACGCAGAGUCGAUACUGCAGAGUACUGGAAAUACCAUAUUCUCAAGAGCUUCGGCGACCCUGGCAGACCAGAAGAAAUCGACUUUGACAAGGCGACUCGUCAACUGCACAAGAUGGUGCGCCAUUGGCUUGGUCUACGGCAGGACUGCGAGGAUCUUCUGGCGCAACUGCAAUUCCUGCAGAAAACGUACAACAUAAUCAGGGGAAAGCGAAGCAAAGACUGGCUAUGUGACCGCGGAGUCGAUGCAGGAGAGUCUUUCGAGGCGUUGAUAUCCCAAUGCGAUAUCUGCGUCCGAUGGACCCAGGUUUAUCAUGACCGGACCAACAUCCGCAUCCAACUGUUGUUCCAUCUCGCCAAUCAACGCAUGGCUGUCUUGAAUCAGAAUAUCGCUGAAGUGAGUCAACAGACGGCGAUCGAUACGGCGUUGAUUGCGGAGCAGACUCAGCAGGACUCGGCCUCGAUGAUCACUCUAGCUGCUGUCACCAUGGUGUUUCUUCCAGGAACCUUUGUCUGUACAAUCGUUAGCACCAACUUCUUCGAUUUCGGUGAUGAAGGGCUGCACGUGUCUGGCAAAUGGUGGGUCCUCGUAGUCGUUGCGUUACCGUUGACACUAAUCGUGUUCGGCGUGUGGUGGAAAUGGAGAGACAGGAGAAUUCAAAAAAACAAGCGGCCUUACGCAAGCAAGCAGAAGGAAGCAAAUCCGGGAUUAACAUGA